UAUUAUUUAAAUACAUAUAAAUGCCGCCCGCAGAUCGACUAGCCAACGAGUAAGUCUAGUUGCAGCGGUUACUACGAAAGCUUUAAAGAAAAUUGCAACGUAAGCAAAUUUAUUUCGCAAAGAAAAACAAGAAACAAAAAGAAAAUCACAAGUAAAGCAAUCACUUGCAACUCAAAACUUCCACACCUUUAUUGUUGUUGUUGUUGCUGCUGCUAUCGCUUCAGAACACAGCUCAACUUAAAAACCAAUAAUAUGGGGCUGCAAAUGGCAGCACUGCCAGCAGCCAACAAUUAUGUUGCAGUCACACAAACACCAACAACAAACACACCCAACAAUAAGCCACCCACACAUACAGUCAUAGCCGCCGCCAUAGCGUGCACUGUGCGCAAGCUUAACAGCGCGAUUUCAGCCACGUCCAGCAUAGCCACACUAUUGCUGUUGGUAUUGUUAACCUGGAAUCCAACAACAACAAUUGGCGUUGAUGCAGUCCAUGCGAAUUUUUCGGAUUUUCCAUAUAUACAAUAUCUAACACAUCCACCGGAGAUCAUCAAGAAGCCACAAAACCAGGGUGUACGCGUGGGCGGUGUGGCAAGCUUCUACUGUGCUGCUCGUGGCGAUCCACCACCAUCGAUUGUUUGGCGCAAGAGUUCGAAGAAAUUAUCUGGCACGCAAUCCCGUUAUACGGUUCUAGAACAACCCGGCGGUAUAUCCAUACUACGCAUAGAACCGGUACGUGCCGGUCGCGAUGAUGCACCUUACGAAUGUGUAGCUGAAAACGGCGUUGGUGAUGCAGUAUCAGCUGAUGCUACUUUAACGGUUUAUGAAGGUGAUAAAACGCCACCCGGCUUUCCGGUAAUAACUCAGGGUCCCAGCACACGUGUCAUCGAAGUCGGUCAUACAGCGGUUAUGCAAUGUAAAGCCAUUGGUAAUCCAACGCCCACAAUUUACUGGAUUAAGAAUCAGACAAAGGUCGAUAUGAGCAAUCCGCGCUACUCGAUAAAAGAUGGUGGCUUACAAAUCGAAAAUAGUCGUGAAGAGGAUCAAGGCAAAUACGAAUGUGUCGCUGAGAAUUCAGUUGGCACAGAACACUCGAAAGCAACGAACUUAUAUGUGAAAGUACGACGUGUGCCGCCCACUUUUUCACGUCCACCAGAGCCCAUUAACGAGGUGAUGCUGGGAGCGAAUUUGAAUUUAUCCUGCAUUGCUGUGGGCUCACCAAUGCCCCAUGUGAAAUGGAUGAAAGGCGCACAAGAUUUAACACCCGAAAACGAUAUUCCAAUCGGUCGUAAUAUACUACAAUUAACAAACAUACAACAGAGCGCGAAUUUCACGUGCAUUGCGGCAUCGUCUUUGGGGCAAAUUGAAGCGACGGCGAUGGUGAAAGUUCAAUCACUUCCAGCUGCACCAACGGACGUGCAAAUCUCAGAGAAAGGGGCAACAUCAGUUCGCUUGGAAUGGUCUUACAAAGGACCCGAAGACUUGCAAUACUAUGUGAUACAGUACAAACCAAAAAAUGCAAAUCAGGCUUUUAGCGAAAUUAGCGGCAUCAUAACGAUGUUUUAUGUUGUGCGAGCUUUAAGUCCAUAUACCGAAUAUGAAUUCUAUGUGAUAGCGGUAAAUACGAUUGGACGUGGACCGCCAUCGAAACCAGAGACUUGUACCACUGGUGAGACAAGCGAUUUCACAUUCGGAGGUGCAAAAAUGGAAAGCGCUCCACGCAAUGUACAAGUCCGACCGCUGAGUUCCUCAACAAUGGUUAUAACAUGGGAACCACCAGAGACGCCAAAUGGACAAGUGACCGGCUACAAAGUCUAUUACACAACAAAUCCCAAUCAACCCGAAGCAUCUUGGGACUCUCAAAUGGUGGACAAUAGCGAGCUGACAACCAUUUCGGAAUUGACGCCGCAUGCCAUUUAUACGGUGCGUGUGCAGGCAUAUACCUCAAUGGGCGCCGGUCCGAUGUCCACGCCGGUGCAAGUGAAGACACAACAAGGUGUCCCUUCACAGCCUAGUAAUUUCCGGGCCACCGAUAUCGGCGAGACCGCAGUCACAUUGCAAUGGUCGAAACCGACACAUUCCAGUGAGAAUAUCGUACACUACGAAUUAUACUGGAAUGACACAUAUGCAAAUCAGGAUCAUCACAAGCGCAUUUCGAACACUGAAUCCUACACGCUUGAUGGUCUCUAUCCUGAUACCCUGUAUUAUAUAUGGUUGGCGGCGCGUUCGCAACGCGGCGAAGGUGCAACAACACCCCCCAUACCCGUCCGUACGAAACAAUAUGUACCAGGUGCACCGCCGCGCAAUAUCACCGCCAUGGCCACCAGCCCCACUACAAUAUCCGUCUCAUGGCUGCCACCGCCCGUGGAGCGUGCCAACGGUCGCAUCAUCUACUACAAGGUCUUCUUCGUCGAGGUGGGCCGUGCCGAUAGCGAAGCGACCAUAACCACCUUGAAUAAGACACAUAUCGUUUUGGAUGAGUUGAAGCGUUGGACCGAGUAUAAGAUCUGGACGCUGGCCGGCACCUCGGUCGGCGAUGGGCCGCGCUCGCAUCCGAUCAUUGUGCGCACACACGAAGAUGUGCCUGGAGAUCCUCAAGACGUGAAGGCAACUCCGCUAAAUUCAACUUCAAUUCAUGUUACCUGGAAACCACCAUUGGAAAAAGAUCGUAACGGUAUUAUACGUGGCUAUCAUAUACACGUACAAGAAAUGCGUGAUGAGGGCAAUGGCUUCCUAAACGAACCACUCAAGUUCGAUGUCGUCGAUUCGUUAGAGUACAAUGUGACGGGCUUGCAACCGGAUACCAAAUACUCCAUACAAGUUGCGGCGCUGACGCGGAAAGGCGAUGGUGAUCGCAGCGCCGCGGUGAUCGUAAAAACGCCAGGCGGUGUGCCGGUACGACCUACCGUCAGCUUAAAGAUAAUGGAACGUGAUCCAAUUGUUUCCAUCGAACUAGAAUGGGAGCGACCAGCGCAAACGUAUGGUGAACUGCGUGGUUAUCGUUUGCGUUGGGGCGUAAAAGAUCAGCCAUUAAAGGAAGAGAUACUACCCGGACCGCAAAUAACGAAACGUCGCUUUAAUGACUUAGAACGCGGCGUUGAAUAUGAAUUCCGCGUGGCGGGUAGUAAUCACAUUGGUAUCGGUCAAGAGACAGUGAAAAUCUUCCAAACACCCGAGGGCACACCUGGCGGACCGCCCGCAAAUAUAACAGUACGCUUCCAGACGCCGGAUGUAGUAUGCGUCACAUGGGAUCCGCCAACACGCGAACACCGCAAUGGCAUUAUUACACGUUACGAUGUGCAGUUUCACAAGAAAAUCGAUCAUGGUUUAGGUUCGGAACGUAAUAUGACCGUGCGUAAGGCGGUGUUUACAAAUCUCGAAGAGAAUACGGAAUACAUCUUCCGCGUGCGUGCUUACACCAAACAAGGUUCGGGACCAUUUAGUGAUAAAAUCUUUAUUGAAACCGAACGCGAUAUGGGACGUGCGCCGAUGUCAGUGCAGGCGGUAGCAACAUCCGAGCAAACGGCUGAAAUCUGGUGGGAAGCGGUACCAUCACGUGGAAAAUUGCUUGGCUACAAGAUUUUCUAUACAAUGACAGCAGUUGAGGACUUAGAUGAAUGGCAGACAAAGACAGUGGGCCUUACAGAUUCCGCAGAUCUAGUUAAUCUGGAGAAGUUUGCACAGUAUGCCGUAGCGAUAGCGGCACGUUUCAAGAGCGGUUUAGGACGUCUGAGCGAAAAGGUCACCGUUAAAAUAAAGCCCGAAGAUGUGCCACUGAACUUACGCGCGCAUGAUGUCAGCACACAUUCCAUGACAUUGAGUUGGUCUCCGCCAAUACGUCUAAAUCCGACAAAUUACAAAAUCUCCUUUGACGCGAUGAAAGUAUUUGUCGACUCACAGGGUUUUACACAAACGCAGAUUGUACAAAAACGUGAGAUUAUCUUAAAACAUUAUGUGAAAUCGCAUACAAUCAACGAGCUGAGUCCAUUCACAACGUAUAAUGUAAAUGUAAGCGCCAUACCACCAGACUACUCCUACCGCCCGCCAACUAAAAUCACCGUUACGACACAAAUGGCCGCGCCGCAACCCAUGGUCAAACCAGAUUUCUAUGGAGUGGUAAAUGGUGAGGAAAUAUUAGUGAUACUGCCGCAAGCAUCCGAAGAGUAUGGUCCAAUAUCACAUUAUUACCUUGUUGUGGUUCCUGAGGAUAAAUCGAACUUGCACAAGAAUCCAGAUCAGUUCCUAACAGAAGAUUUGCUGCCGGGACGUAAUAAACCUGAACGUCCGAACUGGCCUUAUAUAGCCGCCAAGUUCCCACAACGCUCCAUACCCUUCACUUUCCACCUGGGUUCCGGUGACGAUUAUCAUAACUUCACCAAUCGUAAACUUGAGCGCGACAAGCGUUAUCGUAUUUUUGUGCGUGCCGUUGUCGAUACGCCACAAAAGCAUCUUUAUACUUCCAGUCCUUUCUCGGAAUUUCUAUCGUUGGAUAUGCGUGAAGCGCCACCUGGUGAAAGACCACAUCGUCCAGAUCCAAAUUGGCCAUCCGAACCGGAGGUGUCUGUCAAUCGCAACAAAGACGAGCAGGGUAUGUGGUGGGUGGCGCUACCAGUUGUUGCCGCACUCAUUUUCACCAUAUUCGUUACCUGGUGCAUUGUGCGUCGGCGUCGCCAACCAUGCAAAACACCCGAUCAAGCUGCUGUCACGCGUCCAUUGAUGGCAGCCGAUCUCGGUGCCGGUCCCACACCCAGUGAUCCCGUCGAUAUGCGCCGCUUGAACUUCCAAACACCCGGCAUGAUUUCGCAUCCGCCCAUACCCAUUUCCGAAUUCGCCAAUCACAUUGAGCGCCUCAAAGCGAACGACAAUCAAAAAUUCUCACAAGAAUAUGAGAGCAUUGAGCCGGGUCAGCAAUUCACAUGGGACAAUUCUAAUUACGAUUACAAUAAAUCGAAGAACCGUUAUGCCAAUGUAACCGCUUACGAUCACUCGCGCGUACAAUUGCCUCUUAUGGACGGCGUUAUCGGCUCGGAUUAUAUAAAUGCUAACUAUUGUGAUGGUUAUCGCAAGCACAAUGCUUAUGUGGCAACUCAGGGACCACUGCAGGAGACUUUCAGUGACUUUUGGCGCAUGUGUUGGGAACUAAAGACAACCACCAUUGUUAUGAUGACACGUCUGGAGGAGCGUACACGCAUUAAGUGCGAUCAAUACUGGCCGGUACGUGGUACGGAGACUUAUGGUCAAAUGUUUGUCACGAUCACCGAAACGCAAGAGCUCGCCACCUACAGCAUACGCACAUUCCAGUUGUGUCGUCAAGGUUUUAACGAACGUCGUGAGAUCAAACAAUUACAAUUCACCGCUUGGCCGGAUCAUGGCGUACCCGAACAUCCAGCACCAUUCCUACAAUUCUUACGUCGCUGCCGUGCACUCACCCCACCCGAUUCGGGUCCAGUUGUUGUCCACUGCUCGGCUGGUGUUGGACGUACUGGUUGUUAUAUAGUUAUCGAUUCGAUGUUGGAACGCAUGAAACAUGAGAAAAUUAUUGACAUAUACGGACAUGUGACUUGUUUGCGCGCUCAACGUAACUACAUGGUACAAACUGAGGAUCAGUACAUAUUCAUACAUGAUGCCAUAUUGGAGGCUAUCAUUUGCGGUCAAACAGAGGUACCAGCACGCAAUUUACAUACCCACCUACAAAAAUUACUACUGACCGAACCGGGUGAAAAUAUCACUGGCAUGGAAAUGGAAUUUAAAAAGCUCUCCAAUGUUAAGGUGGACUCAUCGAAAUUCGUCACCGCUAAUUUGCCAUGUAAUAAGAAUAAGAAUCGUUUGGUACACAUACUACCAUAUGAAUCGAGUCGCGUCUACCUGACACCCAUACAUGGUAUCGAGGGUAGUGACUACAUCAAUGCUAGCUUUAUUGAUGGCUAUCGCUAUCGUUCGGCUUAUAUAGCCGCUCAGGGUCCCGUACAGGAUACUGCUGAAGAUUUCUGGCGUAUGCUGUGGGAGCACAACUCAACAAUUGUUGUUAUGCUUACCAAACUUAAAGAGAUGGGCAGAGAAAAAUGCUACCAAUAUUGGCCACAUGAACGCUCAGUACGCUAUCAAUACUAUGUGGUGGACCCCAUCGCUGAAUAUAAUAUGCCGCAAUACAAGCUACGCGAGUUUAAGGUCACCGACGCACGUGACGGCUCUUCACGUACCGUACGCCAAUUUCAGUUCAUCGAUUGGCCAGAACAAGGUGUACCCAAGUCUGGUGAAGGUUUUAUCGAUUUUAUCGGUCAAGUGCAUAAGACGAAAGAACAAUUUGGUCAAGACGGACCGAUUACGGUGCAUUGUAGCGCUGGCGUUGGACGCACUGGUGUCUUCAUAACACUCAGUAUUGUAUUGGAACGUAUGCAAUAUGAGGGCGUAUUGGAUGUAUUCCAAACGGUGCGCAUACUACGCGCCCAACGUCCGGCAAUGGUGCAAACGGAGGAUCAAUAUCACUUCUGCUACCGCGCCGCUUUAGAGUAUCUCGGCUCAUUUGACAACUACACUAAUUAAUUUGGCAGCUCUUUUCUUCAAUUCUAAACAACAUAAUUUUAGCUUCAAUAUACCGCAAAAUUAAAACUCUUUCUUCAGUCCCAAGUCAACGUUAAUUUGAAUUAGAAAACUCAAUGUUGGAUUUUUUCGAAAGCUACACAUAAAGUAACAUUUUAUUUUGUCAAAGCGCCUAAAAAGCUGCUACGCGUAGUAAGAGCGCCUUAAGCAAAAAAUUAUCUCUCCCUGGAAUAUCAUCAGAAGCAGACUAUAUGGAUUCUAUGCAACCGAUUCAGACGUGGAUAAACGAAAUUAAAACACGCCACAAAGUUAAAAAGAACAAAACGUAUCGCUAUUGUAUUCACUAAAUACUAAGUUACAUUGCUUAGGUUCUAAGCACAAAGCAUGUUAUAGAAAAAGAACAAAUAAUUUAGAAAAAAAUACAUAUGUACUUAUGCGCGUAUGUGUCUAGUUUAAGGCAGUUUAGUUGAUAAUUAUAUUAAGUUAAGUAAAAUGUAAUGAAAAUAGUUACACCGUCAGCUAAUUUAGAGAGCAUAGUCACCUAACUGCCCCCAUACAAGCCCACAUUUGUCUUUUAAGUUAUUUGUGAACUAAAAAGACUGUUAUGCAUUAAAUUGAUUGACUAAUCAGUAAUAUUUACUAAAUGAUUAAUUCAAUGCAUUAGCUGUACUAAUGAUUACCUUAAAAAAAAAGUUUAGUAU